CUUUACUGCCCCGUUGUUGGGCUUUGAUUGUAGCUGAAGUGAUGGUGAGAUUAAGAUUCCGGUUUUAGGACCGACCRGGUGCCGCGGACAUGUCCUCCCAGACCGGCAGUACCGCUUCGGGGAUCCAGGGACUUCUUCUGAAACUUCARGAGUCUCUUUCAGACGAAGACUCCCGCUCCGCAGCUUUGAAAUGUCACGAUAUUAUCGGUGAUUUGGGUCAGGAGUGCAUGCUAACAACCACCGAGACUGAGCUCGCUUUGCAGACAUCGCUGCUGUUCUCUAAAGACCAUGGACUGCUCAGCUUCCUCAGGAAGUCCCUGCCAUUCAAUGAGCUGCGGGACACCCGGGUGGAAGUUUUYGUGUUUCUGGAGAAGUUUCUGGACAAAGUGUCGCCGAGAGUCAAAGGUUGGGACAAAACCUACGCCACCGACAUAAAAGACGUGUGCAUGGUCGUGUACACAAAGGAGAAAGUCGCUAAAUGUCGAACUCCGCUGCUGGAGCUGCUGAUAAAGGUCCUCCAGACGACCAAGUCUUCCAGCGUCGCUGCAGACUUCAGAAUCUGCGACAUGUUCAACAAAUUCUACAGCGAGCUGUGCCAGAAGAGCAAGUUACCUGACACAGUUCUGGGGAAGAUCUACGAGUUGUUGGGAGUUCUUGCAGAAGUUCAUCCGAGCGAGAUGGUCAACAACUCGGACAAGCUGUUCAGGGCUUACCUGGGGGAGCUCAAAGACCAGAUGACUUCCUCCACAAAGGAGCCCAAACUUUUCGUUGUUGCUGGAUGUUUAAGAGGAAUCACGGCCCUGAUGGUGAACUUCACUAAAACCAUGGAGGAAGACCCAGCAACUUGUAAGGAGAUAUUUCAGUUUGCUCUGAAGUCGAUUACUCCUCAGAUGCAAAUGAACCGUUACGCCGUCACCUUCGCCGGGCUCAGGUUGCUGGCCCGGCACGCGUCCCAGUUCAGCAGCUGCCUCAUGGACCACUACAGGGUUCUGUUUGAGACCAUGUGCAGGCUCUGCGGGCACAUCAACGGUGAGAUGAAGAAGACCAGCUACUUCGCUCUGGAAGCCUUUCUCAAACAGGUGGCCCUGUUGGUGGCGGGGAACAUCGAAGAGCAUAAAACCAAGUUAAAGUUCUUCAUGCAGAAGUUCUGRGGCAUCAUUAAAACCAUGGACUCCACGCACAAAGAGCUGUCUAUUGCUAUACGAGGAUACGGAUUCUUUGCUGCUCCGUGUAAGAAGGUCUGUCCUCAGGAUGUGGACCUGAUGUACACCGAGUUGAUCCAGCGCUGCAAGCAGAUGUAUCUGACAGAGUCUGACAGGGAGGACGACAGCUUCUACCAGCUGCCCAGUUUCCUGGACUCUAUAGCCAGCGUCCUCAUCCACCUGGAUAAGAUCCCAGAGGUGUACACGCCGUUACUGGAGCGCCUGCUGGUGGUGCAGAUCGACAGCUUCCCUCAGUACAGCGAGAGGAUGCAGGGCGCCUGCAUCCGGUCCAUCCUGAAGGUCCUGGUGGCCAUGGCCUCCAAGGGUCCGGUCCUGUGGAGUUUCAUCAGCUCUGUGGUGCACCAGGGCUUGAUUCGAGUCUGUUCUAAACCCAUCCUCCUCUCUGAGGAGGCAGAAAAGGGUGAGUCCUCUGAAGUCAGGACUGGAAAAUGGAAAGUUCCCACCAGUCACAACUACCUCGCUCUGUAUAAAGGCCUUCUAGACUGUGAUCAUUUGAAGGACUCAGGAUUUUUGGACGGGUCUUUUGAAAGCCAGAACGCAGCCCUCGGCUCUCUGAGUCGUCUUCUGUACGACGAGCUGGUGAAGUCGAUUCUGCGCGUCGUGGAGAAGCUGGACUUGUCUGUGAAGAAAAUAACAACAGGAGAGGAGGGGUCGGAUGACUCCGCCCACAUCCUGCCAUCGUCUGACCCCACAUCUCAUCUGCUGCCCAACAAGGUCAAAGACUUCACGGCCUUCAUCAACCUGGUUGACUUCUGCAGUGAGUUGUUGGUGAACAAACACGUGGAGUAUUUCCACUCCUGGAUGUAUCCCCUGAGCCAUGAACUUAUCCUCCACUCCAUAAGAAACCCUCUCGUCAGCGGAUUUUACAAGCUGCUGUCCGUCACCAUGAAAAUCUCCAGGAGAAUCAAGUACUUCCAGGGAGUUGGUCUCAGAAGUUCUGCAUCCCAUCAGGACGACACGGUUAAAAGUGCUUGUUUUGCGCUCUUCUCAAAGUUUGGAAAAGAGGUGUGUGUGAGCAUGAAGCAGUACAAAGACGAGCUCCUGGCGUCCUGCUUGACCUUCGUCCUCUCGCUGCACCACAACAUCGUGGCUCUGGACAUGAAGGCCUACUGUCCUGCUCUGGAGACAGCUCUGAGGCUGGGUCUGAGCCACGUUCCUCUGGCCAACACAGCCCUGGAUGCUCUCGAGGACUGGUCCUCCAACAUUACCCAGGAGACGAUGCGGUCCUGCUACAAGGAGAUCCUGCCGCUCCUCGAUGGAUACCUGAAGACCUCCUCUACUAAUGACAAAGAUGAGAGCAAAUGGGAGGUGAUGUCUUCUUUGUCUUCGAGAAGUGACCGGGGGUACAGCAGAGUGAUGACGAGGCUGUUAAAGAAGUCCAACCAGCUCUCUACGGAAGACGCUCCUCUGGUCCUGCUCAGACUCAGGGUGGUGAAGCUGCUCGGUCGUCUGGGAGGGAAGCUGAACAGAAACCUGGUCACUGUGGUCUCCUCAGAAGAAAGGAUGAAGAAGUUUGUCGCCUGGGAUUCGGAGAAACGCCUCAGCUUCGCCGUGCCUUUCACCGACAUGAAGCCGGUGAUAUACCUGGACCCGUUUCUGCCUCGGAUCAGCGAGCUGGCUCUGUCCACGAGCGAUCGGCAAACCAAGGUGGCGGCCUGCGAGCUGCUCCACAGCCUGGUGGUCUACAUGGUCGGGAAGAGUGCUCAAAUGGUCGAAGGGGAGAACAGACUGCCGCCGAUGUACAAGCUGCACAAAAGACUGUUUCCUGUUCUGCUGCGUUUGGCCUGCGAUGUCGAUCAGGUAACCAGGCAGCUGUUUGAGCCGCUCGUUAUGCAGCUGAUUCACUGGUUCACAAACAACAAGAAGUUUGAGAGCCAGGACACAGUGGCUGUUCUGGAGGCCAUUCUGGACGGUGUGGUGGACCCGACGGACAGCACUCUCAGAGACUUCUGUGGCCGCUGCAUAGAGGAGUUUGUCAAAUGGUCCAUCAAACAAACCACGCCCAGGCAGCAGGAGAAGAGCCCGACCAACAUGAAGUCCCUGUUUAAACGCAUCUACAGCCUGGCUCUCCACCCCAACGGCUUCAAAAGACUCGGAGCCGCUCUGGCGUUCAACAGCAUCUACAGACAGUUCAGGGAGGAGAACUCCCUGGUGGAACAGUUCGUCUUUGAAGUUCUGGUCAUUUUUGUUGAAAGUCUGGCUCUGGCCCACUCAGAUGAGCGAUCUAUGGGAACACAGCAGCAGUGUGGCAGUGCCAUCGACCACCUGAAGAGAAUAAUCAAACACAAAGCUCCGACUCUCAACCAGCACAACGCAGAGAGACGCAUCCCGAGAGGUUUUCCACCUGAGGAGAAGCUCUUCCUGUCAGACGUCGUCGUUUGGCUCCUGAACCAGUGUGGCCGACCGCAGACAGAGUGCCGCCACAAGUGCAUGGAGCUGCUCUACGAAUUUAUUCCCCUCCUCCCAGAGAAGAAAUCUCUUCCUCAGUGGGUGGACGGCUUACUGAAGGACCGUGGCGUGGAGUUCCUGAUCUCACAGUUUGAAGGCGGGGGUCUCCUCUCCCAGCCCACCCUCAGGGAGCUGACGGGUCCGUUCAGCGUGCGAGCCGUCCUGCAGUGGAUGGACCUGCUGCUGGCUGCUCUGGACUGCUACAACACCUUCAUCAGCUUGCACAUCAUCAAGCCUCAGCUCGUUCUCAACUCCAAAGACAAAUCCAGCUUCCUGAAAGCGACACACUUCUUCCUGACGGAGCUGGCGGCUCAUGAGCUGGCAGCAGCAGAGAGUUGUUUCUCUCUGGGUGAGAGGACCUCCCACUUCAGCCCCAGGGAAGUGGACCAGUACAGCCACAGCAAGUGCACCAUCGUGGUCCGUCUGCUGGAGUUCACCUCCAUGAUCCUGCUGAAAGGAGACCAGGGCUUCUGGAAGAUCCUGGAACAAGAUUUAUUUUGCUCCGUGUUUUUCGAGGUGACAGCGAUGGUGGUGUGCGAGCCGGCCGCUGUCGGGUUCAACAUGGCCGACGUGGAGGUGAUGAAGAACCUCCCAGAGGUGUGCGUUCCUCUGCUCAAAGCUUUGCUGGCCUCGCCGUACCGCAGCCAUCUUGAGAGUAGCUUGCGGACAAAAAUCUCACGGAAAAGUGUGGAGCAGCUGUGUGCCGUAGACCUGUACCAGUCGAGCAGCCACCAUAACCAGAUGGAAAUGGUGCUCGCUUCCUGUAAACAGAUCCACAGAGCUGGUUUCCUUGGCUCCAUUCUGCACAGCCAGGAUUCAGCCUACGCCGAGUCUGUUGGGUUUAAACUUCUGAUGACGGUGUAUAAAAGCAUAGCUCCUGGCGGGGACAGGAAGGCGCUCCCCUCAUUGGACGUCAACACCAAGAGAGUAGCUGAUGGUCUGCUUCAGCUGGCCUUUUCUCUCGGCCAACAGAGUGAGCAGCUGGUGGAUUUACUGCUGAACACCAUCAUGCUGUCUGUACCAAUAUCCAGCGGUCACAGUCACAACUUCUCCAGCUUCUCUCACGGCGAGUACUUCUACAGCCUCUUCCAGAUGACCAUCAACGCCGAGCUGCUGAAGAGUCUGAAAACCACCGUGCCCUGCCUCAUGAACGCUGCGUCCCAGAACCCCAACAUGGUGAGCAUCCUGCUGAACGGCAUGCUGGACCACAGCUUUAGGGAGCGCUCGGUGAGGAAGACUCGGGGGAAGGAGCUGGUGGACGAGGUGCUGAGGAGGUGGGUCAGCCUGCAGGCAUGGUGGGAGGGCCCCUCGUCCACGUCGGAGAGUAAAACGGCCACUCUUCUUCUGCUCUCCAAGCUCCUACAGAUCGACUCGUCGGUGUGCUCUGAUGUGAGCCACGCAGCGUUCCGCUCAGUGUUUUCCACCUUCACCUCUCUGCUGGUGGACGUGGCCCUGCCUCUGAACCUCAAGAGCCAGGCCUUGUUGGUGUUGCCAUUCUUCACGACCCUAACAGAGGAGCCCCUCGCUGAGCUGCAGAGAGCCCUCGAGGCCCUGAUAGCCUCCCACUUCCCCAUGCAGUCCGACGAGUUCAUCAGGGGCUCCCUGCACCGCAACAACUACAUGGACUGUGUCCGGAAGUUGCUGGACGCCCUGGAGCUGUCCCAGAGUCCACUGCUGCUCCGGCUGCUGGCAGGAGUCCUGUGCCGGGACAGGAAACACAUCAUGGAGGAGCAGUUUCAGGCCUGCUUCCAGAAGAURGCCAAGCGGGCGAGCGGRGAGCGGCAGCUGCAGCUGCUGUGUACCGUGCACGAGGUGAUCCAGCAGGACGAGGUGCCGGUCAGCGCCAUGCUGCAGGCCAUGACGGAGCGCGUCCUGCUGCCUCUGGCCUCCCACUGCAGCUCCAAGGCCCUCAGCGACUUCUUUAUAGCCAACGUCUGCGACAUUAUGUGCCUCCUGCUGAGCCGCUUCACCAAG